AUGUUCCACUGUGAAAAUGAGCGAAAUCGGAUUACAACCACGCCUACGUCUCAUUUGUCAGAGCGAAAUUGCUCAACGUCAGGUACGAAGGCAACACUUAUAAGUCGUUUGAGUGAAACGAUCGGGUCGGAUGAAAUCGAAGUCGAAGAGGACGAAAACGAACAAGUUACGGCUGUAACGCGAAACAAUUAUUCGGUGCGUGAAAUAGCAGAAACAAUACCAGAUUUUGAUCCAACAAAUGACAGUUCGUUGUCAGAAGUGUAA